AUGGGAAAACAAAAAGACAUUUUGAAGAAACUGGCAGGGACCUUUCAGAUCCGACAUGUGCUCCUCCGCCAGGCCCUGGCAGAAUGCCUGGGAACCCUUAUUCUGGUGAUGUUUGGUUGUGGUGCUGUGGCACAGUUGGUGCUCAGUGGAGGCUCCCAUGGCACCUUCCUCACUGUUAACUUGGCUUUUGGAUUUGCUGCAACAUUGGGCGUCCUUGUGAGUGGACAGGUCUCAGGUGGCCAUCUGAACCCAGCGGUGACCUUCGCAUUAUGUUUACUUGGAAGAGAGCCUUGGAGGAAGUUCCCAUUGUUCUUUCUCUUCCAGACUCUUGGAGCCUUCUUGGGUGCAGUGAUUAUAUUUGGCAUGUAUUUUGAUGCCUUAUGGGAUUUUGGCCAGGGGGAGCUGGUCGUGGUGGGGAAGAAUGCCACAGCUGGGAUUUUUGCCACAUAUCCGUCCAAACAUCUCAGCUUGGUUAACGGAUUCUUUGAUCAGAUUAUUGGAACAGCUGCAUUGAUCGUGUGCAUCCUGGCCAUCGCUGAUCCACAUAACAACCCAGUCCCUCGAGGUCUUGAGGCCUUCACAGUAGGUUUUGUGGUGUUGGUCAUCGGCCUUUCAAUGGGCUUCAACUCUGGCUAUGCUGUCAACCCAGCCAGGGACCUGGGACCACGCAUCUUCACGGCUCUUGCGGGCUGGGGUGGCGAGGUUUUCACAGCAAAGACCUACUGGUUCUUUGUGCCUAUCUGUGCCCCAUUCUUGGGUGCAGUGGUGGGUUUGAUGGUGUACCAGUUCAUGGUUGGAUACCAUUUAGAGGGAGAAGUACAAGUGAAGCAGAAGAAGGGGGAGGACGAAAGGUUCAACCUUUCUAAUAUUACAACCAACGAAGAGGCAUGA